AUGGGUUGCUGCCACUCCAGAAUAGAGAAGGAAGAAACGGUGUCGCGUUGCAAAGCCAGGAAGCGUUACAUGAAGCAGUUUGUGCAAGCCAGACACGCUUUUUCGGCGGCACAUGUUAUGUACAUUCGUUCACUUCGUGCCACUGGUUCUGCACUCUUUCAGUUCGCAAAUGCCGAAACCACGGUUCUCCACCACCUCAACCACCACCAUCAUCACCCUCCGCCGCGCCCUCAGCCCAUUCUCCCGCCGCCGCCUCCGCGAACCCCCACCGCGAUGCCGCCUCCGCCGCCGCCGAUGAGUCCGAGCUCUUACACAUGGACAACAGACACUAUCUCCUCCCCCGCUCUUCCACCGCCGCCGCCGCCUCCGCCUCCGGUAGCUUCCUCUGCCUGGGAUUUCUGGGACCCGUUCAUGCCGGCUGUGGCUUCCAGGUCGGUGACGGAGGAGUGGGAGGCCACGACCACUGCUGGAUCGGAAGUGGUGGUGAUGGCGGCGGCGAGCGUGACAGCUCCGCCGUCGGUGGUGAGCGGGUUUUCCAAGGACACACCUAGUGAGCUUGCAAUGGUUGUUUCAAGGAAUAGUACUAAGGAUCUUGUUGAAGUUAUCAAAGAGCUUGAUGAUUAUUUUCUCAAAGCCGCUGAUGCUGGUUCUCAUGUUUCCUUGCUCCUUGAAGUUCCAAACUCUGGAUUUUCUGAUAACAGUAAAGCGUGUAAAGUGCACAGCUAUGGGUGGAAUUUGAGUCCGUCAUUGUGGAGUUGGGGUUCGAGUCCGAAGCUGAAUGGGUUUGGCAAACUGGCUGAGGGAACUCCUGUUUCUGUUGGUCCUUUUGGAGCUAAUGGAGGUGGAAGUGUUGGGCACUGCUCCACUGUGGAGAGGCUAUAUGCGUGGGAGAAGAAGUUGUAUCAAGAGGUCAAGAAUGCCAAGACUAUAAAGAUGGAGCAUGAGAAGAAGCUGGCACUGCUAAGGAAGGUGGAGAUGAAGAGAGCUGAUUAUGUGAAGACAGAGAAGACAAAGAAAGAAGUGGAGAAAUUAGAAUCACAAAUGAUGGUGGCUUCUCAGGCCAUUGAUAGUACAUCUGCUGAAAUCAUCAAAUUAAGGGAGGUGGAGCUCUACCCUCAACUCAUUGAGCUUGUCAAAGGAUUAAUGUGCAUGUGGAGAAGCAUGUAUGAGUGUCAUCAAGUUCAAAAGCACAUAGUUCAGCAGCUAGAGUACCUCAACACCAUACCAUCAAACAACCCCACGUCUGAGAUUCACAGGCAGUCAACACUUCAGCUGGAGCUUGAAGUACAACAAUGGCACCAAUCCUUCUGCAACCUGUUCAAGGCCCACCGCGAUUACAUCCAAUCCCUCACAGGGUGGCUAAGGCUCACCCUUUUCCAGUUCAGCAAAAACCCUCUAAGCAGAACCCCCGAGGAGUCAAAGAUUUACUCUCUCUGUGAAGAAUGGCACCUUGCUGUUGACCGCAUUCCAGACAAUGUAACAUCCGAAGGCAUAAAAAGCUUGUUGACAGUUAUUCAUGCCAUUGUAGUGCAACAAGCAGAGGAGUACAAACAAAAGAAGAAGUCAGAUUCUGCGUUCAAAGAGCUUGAGAAGAAGGUGGUUCAGCUUCGGUCGUUGGAGUGCAAGUAUGGUCCAUACUCCAUGCCAGAAUCAUCUGGUUCCAUGAGAAGCAAGGACUCGGUUACUGAGAAGCGUGCCAAGGUGGAAGCCUUGAGAGCAAAGGCAGAGGAGGAGAAGAGCAAGUACGAAAAGGCAGUGAGUGUAACGCGGGCAAUGACUCUGAAUAACUUGCAAAUGGGUUGCCCUCAUGUGUUUCAAGGGAUCGUGGGGUUUUCAAGUGUGUGCAUGGAGGUUUUUGAGUCCGUAUACAACAAAGCCAAAGUUGCUGAACAGGAGCAUGACGUGAAGAGAAUAUUACCAUAG